AUGGCGGUGAUCGAGCACACAGUGUUGCAGUUCUCCACGUCGUCGUCAUCGAGCUUGUCGGCGAAGGUUCAUCCUCUCGUCAUCUUCAACAUCUGCGAUUGCUAUGUCAGGCGUCCUGACCAAGCCGAGCGCGUUAUUGGCACGCUCCUCGGCUCUGUCCUGCCUGAUGGCACAGUCGAUAUUAGAAACUCUUACGCCGUUCCUCAUAACGAGAGCGCGGACCAGGUUGCUUUAGAUAUCGAUUACCAUCACAAUAUGCUCAUAUCCCAGCAAAAGGUUAAUCCAAAGGAAGUCAUUGUUGGAUGGUAUUCUACUGGUUUUGGAGUUACUGGGGGUAGCGUAUUGAUCCAUGAAUUCUAUUCUAGGGAGGCUCCCAACCCAGUUCAUUUGACUGUUGAUACUGGAUUUAGAAAUGGGGAGGGUACCAUUAAAGCCUAUGUUUCAGUGAAUUUGUCUCUUGGAGAUCGGCAACUUGCAGCACAGUUUCAAGAAAUUCCUCUCGAUCUUCGCAUGGUUGAAGCUGAGAGAGUUGGAUAUGAUAUUCUAAAGACCACAAUGGUUGACAAACUCCCUACUGAUUUGGAAGGAAUGGAAGCCUCAAUGGAGCGACUCCUAGCUUUAAUUGAUGAUGUUUACAAAUAUGUUGACAAUGUUGUGGAAAGUCGUGUUGAACCCGAUAACAACAUAGGGAGAUUUCUCUUAGAUGCAGUUGCAUCUCUUCCGAAAUUAUCUCCUACAGCUUUUGAUAAGCUUGUGAAUGACGGCCUGCAGGACAAUUUGCUCUUGCUCUAUUUGUCAAGCAUCACCAGGACACAGCUCACCCUAGCCGAAAAGUUGAACACGGCUGCGCAGGUUCUGUAA